AGAGUGUCAACCCGGCGCGGGAUUUGGUGCCAAGACGGCCGCGGUGAAUAAAGUGUCGUGGCAGCCCUCCGAGUCCCGGCGGAGGCGACUGGACGCAGGCGGUGGUGGUAGCGGCUCUCGGUGCCUUUGUGUAGCUCCUUUAUGGUGGACGCCUGGCCGAUCUCUCCUCUGGUGUCCCCAGCAUGCGUAGGCACCCGGAGAGCGGCUGCGGGCGCCGGGCCUAGGGAUGAUCUUCCCAGUCGCUCGCUCCGCGCUCCGGUGGCUGCAGCGGCUCGGAGAUCGAGCCUUGUCCCGCGCCGCCAUGGAGGUGGCCUUCCGAGGCGUACGGAAAAUCCUCUGUGUGGCGGAGAAAAACGACGCGGCCAAGGGGAUCGCCGACCUGCUGUCCAAUGGUCGCAUGAGGCGGAGGGAAGGACUUUCUAAAUUCAACAAAAUAUAUGAGUUUGAUUAUCAUAUGUAUGGACAGAAUGUUACCAUGGUAAUGACUUCAGUUUCCGGACAUUUGCUGGCUCAUGAUUUCCAGAUGCGGUACCGCAAAUGGCAGAGCUGCAAUCCCCUUGUCCUCUUUGAAGCAGAAAUUGAAAAGUACUGCCCAGAGAAUUUUGUAGAUAUCAAGAAAACUCUGGAACGAGAGACACGGCAGUGCCAGGCCCUGGUGAUCUGGACUGAUUGUGAUAGAGAAGGUGAAAAUAUUGGAUUUGAGAUUAUCCAUGUGUGCAAGGCUGUAAAGCCCAGUCUGCAAGUGUUGAGAGCCCGUUUCUCUGAGAUUACACCGCGAGCCGUCAGGAUAGCCUGUGAAAACCUCACUGAGCCUGAUCAGAGAGUGAGUGAUGCUGUGGACGUGAGGCAGGAGCUGGACCUGCGGAUUGGAGCUGCCUUUACUAGGUUCCAGACCCUGAGGCUUCAGAAGAUCUUUCCUGAGGUGCUGGCAGAGCAGCUCAUCAGUUAUGGAAGCUGCCAGUUUCCAACACUAGGGUUCGUGGUGGAGAGGUUCAAAGCCAUUCAGGCUUUUGUCCCCGAAAUCUUCCACAAAAUUAAAGUAAGUCAUGACCACAAAGAUGGCAUCGUAGAAUUCAACUGGAAAAGGCAUCGCCUCUUUAACCACACAGCUUGUCUUGUUCUCUAUCAGCUGUGUAUGGAGGAUCCCAUGGCAACUGUGGUGGAGGUCAAGUCUAAGCCAAAGAGCAAGUGGAGACCUCAAGCUUUGGACACUGUGGAACUUGAAAAGCUGGCCUCUCGAAAGUUGAAGAUAAAUGCUAAAGAAACCAUGAGGAUUGCUGAGAAGCUCUAUACUCAAGGGUACAUCAGCUAUCCCCGAACUGAAACAAAUAUUUUCCCCAAAGACUUAAACCUGUCAGUGCUGGUGGAGCAGCAGACGCCAGAUCCACGCUGGGGGGCAUUUGCCCAGAGCAUUCUAGAGCGGGGUGGCCCCACCCCACGCAAUGGGAACAAGUCUGACCAAGCUCACCCUCCCAUCCACCCUACUAAAUACGCCAGCAACUUGCAGGGAGAUGAGCAGCGACUCUAUGAGUUUAUUGUUCGCCAUUUCCUAGCUUGCUGCUCCCAAGAUGCCCAGGGGCAGGAGACCACUGUGGAGAUUGACAUCGCUCAGGAACGCUUUGUGGCCCAUGGCCUCAUGAUUCUGGCGCGAAACUAUUUGGAUGUGUAUCCGUAUGAUCACUGGAGCGACAAGAUUCUUCCUAUCUAUGAGAGAGGCUCCCGCUUUCAGCCCAGCACUGUGGAGAUGUUGGAUGGGGAGACCAGCCCACCCCAGCUGCUCACGGAGGCUGACCUCAUUGCCCUCAUGGAGAAGCACGGCAUUGGUACUGACGCCACUCAUGCGGAGCACAUAGAGACCAUCAAAGCUCGGAUGUACGUUGGGCUCACCCCAGACAAGCGGUUUCUUCCUGGACACCUGGGCAUGGGACUUGUGGAAGGCUACGACUCCAUGGGCUAUGAGAUGUCCAAACCUGACCUCCGCGCUGAGCUCGAGGCUGAUCUGAAGUUGAUCUGUGAGGGCAAGAAGGACAAACUUGUGGUUCUAAGGCAGCAGGUCCAGAAAUACAAGCAGGUUUUCAUCGAAGCAGUGGCUAAAGCAAAGAAAUUGGACGAGGCCUUAUCCCAGUACUUUGGGGAAGGGGCAGAGGUGGCCCAGCAAGAAGCCAUCUAUCCAGCCAUGCCAGAGCCUGUCAGAAAGUGCCCACAGUGCAACAAGGACAUGGUCCUCAAAACCAAGAAGAGUGGUGGGUUCUACCUCAGCUGCACAGGCUUCCCAGAAUGUAGAACGGCCGUGUGGUUCCCUGACUCUCUCCUGGAGGCCAGCAGGGAUGACAGUGUCUGUCCCGUGUGCCAGCCGCACCCUGUUUACAGGUUGAAGCUGAAGUUUAAACAAGGUAGCCUUCCCCCAACCAUGCCUCUGGAGUUUGUUGGCUGCAUUGGUGGAUGUGAUGAGAACUUGAGGGAGAUCUUGGACCUGAGAUUUUCACGGGGGCCCCCUAGAGCCAGCCAGCCGGCCAGCCAGCCCACUGGAUACCUGCAGGCUAGCCAGUCUCUAAACAGAAUGGACAGCAACCAGCACGGCCAACCCCAGCCUUCUGAUAACAGUCACCAUAGACCCUCAAAGGCUCUGACCCAGGCUCUACCACUGCCUGCUGCCGCUCGUGAAAACAACUCUGUGACCUGCAACUGUGGCCAGGAGGCCGUGCUGCUCACUGUCCGGAAGGAGGGGCCCAACCAGGGCCGGCAGUUCUACAAGUGCAGUGGUGGCAGCUGCGGCUUCUUCCUGUGGGCCGAUAGCCCCCAUCCGGCCGCCGGACGGCCUCCUUCCUCUGCAGCAAGGCCCACGGGUGGCUCACUGGGGCCUCCCCCAAGCUCAGGGACCCACCUGGGGGGCUUUGGCAGCCCCGGUGGUAGCGGUGGUGGCACAUCCUGCCUGUGCAGCCAGCCGGCCGUUACGCGCACUGUGCAGAAGGAUGGGCCCAACCGAGGACGCCAGUUCCACACGUGCGCCAAGCCAAGAGAGCAGCAGUGCGGCUUCUUCCAGUGGGUGGACGAGAACGUGGCCCCAGUGGAUUUUGGAGCCCUGCCCUGGCCAGGAGGCGGAGGAAGAACCAAGGGGCUAGAGGCCAGAAGCAAAAGAACCCGAGCCAACUCUUCAGACACAGGGUCCACAGUGAAGAGACCCCGGAAAUGCAGCCUGUGCCAACAGCCUGGGCACACCCGUCCCUUCUGUCCCCAGAACAGAUGAGGAAAGGGUAGGAGACUUUGCCCUUUUGUCUCAAAAAUUAGUUACUUUCACCAAGACUAGGGCACCCUUCACUGCCCCCAGGGUUUUAAAAGUGGCAGCUUUUGAAGUUUGGCCUGUGUUAGAGAGUGAAGGUCUGGCCUGCUCUCUUGACAAGUCCACCUCUGGCUGGGGUUCAGGGCCAACUUGGGCCUCCAGUGAGACGUCAUGGGAGCGUCUCUGCAGUCCCUCAGGGAGUGUCACUGUCAGCCAGCAGCUGAAGCCUAAGAAAAUGCCCUCCAGGGGCCUUCACUGGGCAGACUGGAAGCUGCUUCUUCGCACAGACAUCCCAAAAAAGGAGAAUAUAAUGCAAGGAAGUGACUUCUGAAAUUGGCUCUACUGGAGAUAACUUCUUCCUCUUUAUCUAGAAGCCACUGUGAGCAGGACAGCCUGGCUUGUGCGCCCUAAUAAAGAAUUCUACCCCUUACUCCGGUGGGCUUGGCACUGUGUCUGGUGAACACUGCCAGGAACAGCCAGUGCUUGAGGCACCUCUGGCUGACCACUGGCCCUCGGGCUCCCUUGCCAGCCCCAGCCUUGCCUCAUCCACGUGGUAGACAGCCCUCCUGUCCCUGCAGCUUGUCCCAUGGGGCAGAGCAUGUGCUGAUAGGAGUUUUAUACCACUGUUCACCUGCCCGAUCCAGAGGGGGGGACUUUCCCAUUUGCCUUCACAAAACCUUGUAAUGUUUAACCAUAUUGGCUCCAUUUGAUGCUCAGGAAAAUAAACAGAGGUAAGGUGUGGAUUGCCCCGAGUCCCAUGGCCAGUGGGGAAGAGGUGAUCUGGCCUCCUGUGUUGGGACUCCCACGCUGGACCCUUCAGUCUGAGCAGUGGCCCUGCCUGGGCUGAAGGGCAAGAUUCAGGGCCCAUGGGUGUGGCCGUGCUCUGCAUUGUGGCAACCCUACAGCUACAUUCUCUCUGUGAUUUUGCCUAUUUUAUGAGACUUAGGUUAUGUGAUCUUUUGUGCCUGGCUUCUUACACUUAGCAUGUUAUUUGCAAGGUUCAUCUGCAUUUAGCAUGUGUCAGUAUAGAAGGGUAUUCGUGGGGGUACCCCAGCUGCCCACGGGGUUCUUGAAACUGCAGAUAGGACUGACCCUGUUCAUACUGUGACUCUAUACAUGCUUACAUGCCUAUGAUGGUUUAAUUUUAAAAUUGGGCACAGUAGGAGGUCAAUAAUAGCUACUAAUAAAGCAGAAACAUUAUAGCUGUAUACUGUAA